AUGUCUAUCAUGUCUUUCAAUACAGAUCAUAUUGAUAAGAAGUUGGAUAAUCUCACUUUGGAUUCUUCUAGCAACUCCAACAAUAGCAGCAACAACGUACAGGCAUCUGUAUCUAGCCAGAAUCCUGUCUCUGCUGCACAAACCACAGCAGAGUGGUUCUCCUUUGACGGCCAAUACAUACCGCCGCAGCCCCAGCGUUUCAAGCAGCCGAAAAAGUCGCUUCUUCUGAGUUCUUUGGCCGGCGAACGUAAUCAUAGCUCUUCCAGCGGGUUGAGCCAGCCGAUUACUGUAAACUAUAAUGCGACCAGUAACCACGUAAAUCAAGACAGAUCUGCUUAUUUCAGCUUUGAUGAAUCUGCUGACGUAACGCUGGCAGAUUCCACGGCAAUUGAGAUACCGAGUGGUAGAUAUACCGAUGAACAUCCUGAGCCAGAGCUUUUGGCCAGCUCUGUAGGCAAGGAAAUCGAUGGCAGAUUGAUCCCGUCGUCUUCUGCGAUUUCGCUUCUUUCUCUAAACUCACAUCAACUUCCUUCCAUGCAUCCGAACCCCAUUUACCACUCUUACAGUACAGAGUUGCCAGAAAAAGUGGUUUCUCCCAAAUUUCCACAGCUGGCCCAGUUGCAGAACCACAACCAGAAUCUGCCCCAAAUUCAGAAUGUUACUGCUUUCACGGAUCGUAAAAACUCGUUCACUAAUAUAAGAAGCAGGAACUCAAUUACCCAUUUGAGCCAGCAAAGGUUACAACCUUACCAGAGGUUUACUUCUCCGCCUCCAGUGUUACAGCAGCAGAGUUCCGCUUCUUUGGCGCAACAGUUGCAUCAGCCACAACCUCAGAAUGGGUUUUCUACUGACUUCUCGAUGAGCCACGCUACCGCACAAAGCAUUCCUAUUGCCAGUGGAAACAAAACAGAACCUGAUUCGCCGAAUCUAGAUCCCGUUUCAAUCGGAGGGUCUCCAUCUCAUUUCUGGCUCUCUUCACAAACGCCUCCCCGCUCUUUAGCCAGUUCAUAUAAUCGCAACAGCCGCACCCAUUUGUACCAGAUGCAAAACCAGCAACAGCCACAAGCAAAUCAACAUCAGCAACAACAACACCAACACCAAUCACAGCACCAGUAUCCACAAUCACAUCAAUCUCAAUCGCAUCAACCUCUUUCACAGCCUUCACAGCAGCCAAUGUACAUUCCUUUGAACAACAUCAACAAUUACACUACAGCCACACCUAAACAGGUUCACCAGGGUGACAAUUCGCCAGUGAUAGAACCUGUACAGACCCCCUCAGAGGAGAUGCCCAUGACGCCGUUGUUCUUGAACAAAUUGUCAGGAUCAACAGCAACUACAGCUCAUCACAGCGAUUCUUAUUUUGGUGAAUUUGCUUCUAGUAAUAUAGAGGGAAGAGCUGUUUCUAUUAUAGACGAGAAAGAAAGUGAAGAUGAAGAUGAAGAUGACGAGAGCUAUAAGCGAAACGAGGAUUACGAAAUGAACAGCUGACUCACAUCAAAUACAGCACAAUAGUAUAAUAGAAUAGGUAUAGGUAUUGGUCAAUAUAGUAUCACAGGGUAG